UGCAAUUUGGUUCUAGUUUGCAUGGAAAAUGUAUUAUUUUUAUCUUCUAGUCAUCUCUUUGUUUUUUUCGAGUUUUAUGGGGAUGGGAAGAGGCUUGAAAGGAGCCGUUUCAUUAGAUUCCUGGACAUUCGAUAAGAUGAUUUCCAAGUUUAAAGCAUCGUUAGUCAAGUUUGAUAUUACUUAUCCUUAUGGUGAAAAAGAAGAUGAAUACGGAAAAGUUGCCGAAUCGGCUAGAUUUUCUCCUGAUCUGUUAAUAGCAGAAGUUGGUGUUCAAGAUUAUGGUGAAAAAGAAAAUUCUGAUCUUGCUGAUAAAUACAACGUGCAUAAAGAUGAUUUUCCUGUCCUAAAGCUAUUUAUUGAAGAAAAAUCUGAGCCUUUUACCUUUACUGGGAAUUUCAAGGCAGAUGAAAUUAAAAAUUUCAUUAAAAAACAUUCAAGUGUACGCCUAGUUUUAGACAAAUGCUUGCCUCAAUUUGAUGAAUUAGCUGAAAAGUUUAUGGCAUCAGAUGAUAAAACUGAAUGGAAAAAUAUUUUAGAACAAUCCAAAAGACUAGCUGAAGAUUUAUCCGAUGAAACUGAAAAGAAAUCUGCUGAUGUUUAUGUUAAAAUGAUGCAAAAAAUUAUUGAGCGUGGUAUUGGUUUCAUCGCAAGUGAAAGAGAACGUGUAAAGAACAUUAAAGAAGGUAAAAUAACUUCAACAAAAAAGAACGAAAUGCAAGGUCGUUUAAACAUUUUGCAUUCAUUUAGACUGAAGGAAGAACUCUAA